UGAGUGUUCUCCAUUUACAUUCGUGGCUUGCUUGGGAGCUGAGACGCGUAUAUACCGAAAACGUGCGUGCCGACUGCCGACAUUUUAUUUCGUGGUUGCUCGAUGAAUGAAUAUAUCUCGUUUGCUCUGGCCUUGCGCGUGUUUUUUUGGAAUAGACUCGCGAUAUCGUCGAUCGAGGUGGCCGAGGAGGCUUAGACCUAGGCCUAGUUGGGCCUAGUGCGAACCUAGUCGAGAGGUCGGCGGUCGUAGUUGUGCUCUUGGCGUUGGCGUGUGUAGAGUCGAGGAAAGUCGGAGGUUGCGGAGUUUCCACGGCGACUCGCCCAGAGUAUUGACGCUGUAUCCACUACAGCCCCAUUUCUCUUUCUCUCUCUCUCUGUCUCGCACAUCGAUAAGUUGCAAUCAUGAGCUAUGGUUACAACAAAUACAGCUCCACCAUGAGUUCUCGUGGUCGCGGAUUUAGUUCUCGCGGAGGGGGUUCUUAUAGGGGUCGAGGUGGCGGCGGAGGAAACGAGUGGAAUGGUGGUUCAGCAGGAGGAAAUAUAUCUGGCAGAGGAGGAUAUUCAUCUUCCAGAGGUGGCAGAUUUAAAUAUUCGACGACGAGCUAUGAUUCUAGAUCUAAAUAUAAUUCAGGAUCGGAAAGAUAUUCAAGCAGAGGUGGUCGUGGUGAUCAUUCAAACAGUUAUAAAAGACCUCGUGAUUCAUAUUCCGCUAGGGAUGACCAUCGAUCAUCUAGCGAGUCAACACGUAAAAGGAUGAGAAGCGAUUCUUAUCAGGGUGGAGGUAGCGGUAGCGGUUCACAGAGGUAUUCGUCGUACGGUUCAUCUGCGUCGGCGCCCUAUGACGAUAAUAAGGGAUCGUCGUCGUCCGCCGUAUAUGAGGACAAGAGACAGAGCGAGCGCGCGUCGUCGUACCACCGUUCCGAGGACCGUCAUUCCGCCUCGCGGAGCUAUGUGCCCCCGCCACCCCCUCGGAUUAGCGAAAUGGCACCGCCGCCGACUCAGAGAUACACCUCGAGUCGUGGAAGAAUAUCGCAUCAGAGCUCGAAUUACCGAGGUCGCAUUUCGACCCGCGGCACCGGCGGUAGAGGUGGUGCGUUUCAUCGUGUGAGCUCUCGAUCGGACAUCCUCAUGGCUCGCAAGCGUACUCUGCACUCGCUCGACUAUCGUCGAAAGCUGCUAGGCUCACGCUCGCGAGACUACAUCCAGCGUGUGCGCAUGACUACUACCAAACUACGCAGGAGUAGCGGUACUACUAGGCUACCCGGAAGUAAAAAGGACUCUGGAUCCGGGACCAGCGUGAAGGACAAGGAUAGAGAGAUGGCCAAAGCCAUUAACGCAGAAUUUUCCGAUGACGAUGACGAAGAAGAUAAUAAGAGUAAUUGGGACGACGAAGAAAAGCCGCACGAACGCGAUGAAGAGGAGGACAUGGAAGAAGAAGAGGAAAAGAAAAAGAAAGAUGAUAAACGUAAGAAGGAAAAGCAAGAUAGAGAAAGGCAACACACCGAGGAUGAGGAAGAGAAAGAUGAUGAUAUUAAAGAGGACGACGAUCAGAAGCGAGAAGAGGAGGAUGAAGAUGACGAUGGUGAUGAUGAGGAACAUGACGAGAACGAUAAGGAGGAGCGCGACAGAAACGAAGAUUCUGAAGAAUUGCCGAGUAGACGAGACGGUAGAAAAUUCAUAAAAUUGAAGUGCCCGCACUGUGCCCAUCACAGCGUUACGUUCAAAGAAUAUUCGCUCCAUCUGUUCUCCGGUCGUCAUAGCGCGGCGAUGAAGCGUAUUGCGGCUCGGCAUAAGGUGACCCUUACGCGUAUGCGAGUCGUUCAACGGCAGGAGCAGAGACAUAUCGAGGCUCGUGAUGCAGCGCGCGGCACGCUACCCUCUCGCACUAUGUUCUGUGCCAUUUGCAAAUUAAAUUACCGCUCUUUGAAAGCUGCUCAUCAGCUGUCUGAGUCUCAUCGUCAAAUGAAGCGAUUCCUCACACCAUUCUGCCGUGUUUGUCGUAUCCAGUUCCGCUCGCCGAUGUUCUUUGAGACACAUAUGUGCUCGCUGGAGCACAUCAAGAGAAAGAGUAUACUGAGAGAAAGAAUGAAUGCAAAUGGAAGCGGCGAAGCAGAGGCGGAUUCGAGCGCGCCGGAAGAGGAUGACAAGGAAGUUAAUCUUGAUAAUUUUAUGACUUUGGAUUCCGUAGGUGACGUAGACGAAGACGAAGAGUCGAAUGACAAGAAGAAGGAAAAGGCCGAGGGUGAGAGUUCGAGCGAAGCAGAGAAGAAAUCGAAAGGCAAACAAAUGAUAAAAGUCGGUGCGGAAUACAUAAAACGCGUCGAAGUGCAGUACUGCGAAUUGUGCAAAGUAUAUCUGCCACGCAGUGAAAAUACCGAGCGGGCAGUUGCUUUACAUUGUUCUACUCGCAGUCAUCUUAAACGGUAUGUGCGAGAUAAUGACGAUAAGGCGCUUAGACGUCAAGCGGAAAGAAUACAUCUGCAGUCAUCCUCAACGAAUGUGAACUCUACCAAUUCCACCGUGACCAAUAAUACAUCGGACAACGCGAAGACUUCUCCUGUCAAUUCCGAGCCACAAGUAUCUGCUACGCCAGUGUCUUCUGCGGCCGAUAACAAUAGCGUUUGCGAUACAGAAUAUAUUAAAAUUGAGGAAGAAAAAUCUAAUAGCCUAGAGUCUGAAAAGAAUGCGAAAGACGGUAAGAAUAAUCAGGGGGAUGAAGAUGACGACGAUUACCGCGCGCACGGUAGCGAUAAAAUUAUUUGGGACGAUGUCGACAAGGAUUUAGGUGACAUUUUAAGAGAAACCGAGGCGGGUGCGUCAAAAUCGAGCGACGAUGAGGAUUCGCGUUACGAUCGUUUUCGCAAUUCGGACAAGAAACAGCCCGGAAAAGAAAAGGAAAAUGAAAAGAGUGAGGUCCUCGAAGAUAAGAGCGGUAAUAAUAAAAUUAAAGAUGUAAAGAAUUAAAAGACAGAUGUUACGUACAUCGUCGAAAAUCAUCUUUUUUGCUGUACAUCUUCAAUUUAUUUGAUCCAUUUUCUAUUUUUAAUUUUUCAUUUUCUUCCGUGCUCGUUCUAAUAACUGCUUUUAUAGAAUCAUGCAAUAUACAAUUUUCUCGGGGUAUCUUUGUUUUAAUUAAACAAAAACAAUUUUUGUGCAUAAUGUAUUACACAGUGUACGAAUUAUUUAUUCAUUACACGUUUCAUUGUUUUUCGUAUUUUCUACGGUUGAAAGUAUGUGUUAAUUAUUUUAUAUAUACAUAUAUAAAUAAAAUAAUUGGCACUUAUUGUGUGUGUAUGUGUGUGUAUGUGUGUGUGUGUGCGUGUGUACGCAUACGUCUCGUAGUUUGUCAAUUUAUGUAAUUUCAACAUUUAAGCAUCAUUGAUAUCAAUCAUAUGUUGCCGAAAGGCUAUCAGUGGCAUUGCCCAAACAAUAUAAUUAUACAUAUACAUGCGUAAAGUAAUUAAAUAUACAAAUUUCAAUUUUCAGUUAUUAGCGUGGAGGAAAGUGUAUGCGUUUGAUCAAUGUGUGCAUUUCGUGUAAGCACAAUUUAACUAUAGAUUAUCGAUCAUAAUAAAUUCCGCACUCUCUAGGAUCAAUUAUAUAAUUUUUUUUUUAUCAAUCCUUUUAAUCAAAUCGUGAUUUCAACAAUUUAUCGAUUAUUUUAAUAAAUAUUCUGCAGAUGAAUUGUUAGAAGUAUAUGGUCUAUACCAGUGUUCUGUAGCGUGUUAUCAGAAAUAUCUAUUUCCCAUUCACUUAAUGUAAUCAAAUUUCUUUGUAAGAAGCUCUAAGAAGCUUUUUUCGUCUGCAAUUAACAAUGUAGUACUUUAUUUUGCAAAUAAACAAAAGGCUAGAGACG